CAUCUUUUGUCUUUUCACUUAUGAUACAUGAAAGGUGAACUAUAAGGGCACUCACCCCAUCCUCUGUCUCAACUCUCCCCAGUCCCCGCCAUGGAAAAAAAUACUCGUAUCAAUUUCUCUCCAGUCCAUUGUGCUUCCAAUUUAGCAGAAUCCGAGGAUCAGAAGAAGAGAAAAGCAGAGGGGGAAAUGGAGGACGGCGAAAAUGGUAGGAAGCAUCCGACGUAUCGGGGAGUCCGGAGACGUCAGUGGGGGAAAUGGGUGUCUGAGAUUAGAGAACCAAGGAAGAUAUCAAGAAUAUGGCUCGGAACAUUUCCUACCGCUGAAAUGGCAGCUCGAGCUCACGACGUGGCGGCUCUGGCUAUCAAAGGUCGCUCGGCUUUCCUCAAUUUCCCCGAACUGGCUCCCGAGCUUCCUCGUCCGGCUUCCGCUUCCAGGAAAGAUAUCCAAGCCGCCGCCGCCAAAGCCGCCGCCAUGAAUUUCAAGAUAAGCAAUAAUGAAUCCGAAACCGAAGCUGAUCAAGGCGACCUGAUCACUGCUCUUCACUCCCCUGCUUCUACUACUUCUUCUGAUCAUGACACACAAGAAUUGUUAAGCUCAUCAUCACCAUCAGCGAAAAAUGACGAUGCAUUUAUCGACUUACCGGAUCUUUUUAGUGAUCAAAUUAACGCCUUUCGGGGUUCACAGUCAUUGAAAUUAUCAGAAGUCGAGUCGGAUUGUGCAGAAUUUCAGUACCAGGAGCCUAUUUUGUGGGAGUGCUAUUAGAAAUUGUUUAUACUUUCUUUUCUGUAUUUUUUGAUAAAAAUAUCAAGCGAGUCGGUGUGGGUUUUGAUUCGGUAAUGUUGUUAUCGACAAGGGUGGUGCGUGGUUACCCUUUCUCACCCCAACAUGCUCCUUGUUUAGGUAACAUGGGUGUCUCUAGUCUCCACCCACCCUUCAUGGUGAUAAAGACAUAAUGUAUAUAUAUAUGUUUUAUGUAUAUUUGUAUAUACAACAAUAAAAAUGUUAGAAUCAAUGUAUA